CCAGGGCUGCUCCUCUGUCGCCCUGGGCCCAGCCUGCUCCGGCUGUCUAGCUUUGCUUUCAGUGAGUCACCAGACACCCUGGUAAGAAAGCCCAGCUUUGGAAUGAAGAGAAAGGCAUAGACAUUUCCUGUUGCUUUGUUCAUGCCCACCAUUACCUUUGGCAAUGCUUUUUUAACCUCUCUGAAACUCCCCUUUCCCUCCGAAAGACCAGCAAUUACAAUAGCCAUGCUUACCUCAAGGGAGGUGAGUAUCAAAGGAGAUGGGGGGGGGUGUAAGCACGCCCUGCUUAGCAUAGCAUAGCACGCAUGUUAAUUACCUUUGUUGAGGACUGGGUUUGACGCCAAAGCAAAUCUUAUAAAUGCUGGUCUUCCAGAGGGAACAGAGCACACCGGGGACUUUCUCAUAUACACAAAUAUGAAUUUCAGUUAAAUUUGGUGUUUAUAUCUUUGGAAGUACAUUUGUUUCCGAUCCGAUUCGGAUUUUCUUCCAGCCAUUUACUAGUCUCGGACCCAUUUUUCCCCUCUCCUCUCUAUCUUCUUUAAAUCCUCUGCUUCCUCUCGAAUAUCAUGAAAAUAACUGAACACAUUCCCAGGGCAUAUUAGCAAGAUCCUUUGAAACAAGGCGUAGAGAACACUGUGUAAGUGAUGUUUUUUAAUCAAGAAAGCUGGAGCCUGCAGGCCUGGCGCUGAGCUAGGCUGGGCUGCGCUCGGCUGGCAGACUGGUCCAGCAGGGGGCGCCCGGGCACCUCACUGCAGCAUCCCGGUGGCGGAGCGCAGCAGCGGCUGGCCGGAGCUCGCGUCCUGCCGCAGUCUGUUUGCUGCUAGUCUGAGCGAGCGCGAGGGAAGAGAACCCCGUCCGGGCACCGCACUUGCAGGUCCGGCGACUCCCACCCGCGAUCGCGGCCCCUAGACUCUCAAACGCCUCCUUCAGCCCGCGCGGGUCAGCGUGGGAGAGCUGCCGGGUCUCAGUAGCCGGAUUGCGAACUUGGAGAGGACCGCGGCUGUCUCCUCCGGCCUGGAGAGUGAACAGAAUUGAGAACUCUUCUGAUUGAUGAUGACACAGUGAGACUAAAGGCCACCAUCAAAACCAUCUGCCCGCAUCCUGAGUCACCAACCAGUCAUUAAACCCUGUCACCACCAGCCAUGGCUAAGAGUGCAGAAGUCAAGCUGGCCAUAUUUGGAAGAGCAGGCGUGGGCAAGUCAGCUAUCGUAGUGAGAUUUCUGACCAAACGGUUCAUCUGGGAAUAUGACCCAACGCUAGAAUCCACCUACCGACAUCAAGCGACCAUCGAUGAUGAAGUUGUUUCUAUGGAGAUCCUGGACACCGCAGGCCAGGAAGACACCAUCCAGAGGGAAGGGCACAUGCGCUGGGGGGAAGGCUUCGUGCUGGUCUAUGACAUCACUGAUCGAGGGAGCUUCGAAGAAGUGCUGCCGCUGAAGAACACCUUAGAUGAAAUCAAAAAGCCCAAAAACGUAACUCUCAUCCUGGUCGGAAACAAAGCCGACUUGGACCACUCCAGGCAAGUGAGCACAGAGGAAGGGGAGAAGCUGGCCACGGAAUUGGCUUGUGCAUUUUACGAAUGUUCCGCCUGCACGGGAGAAGGGAACAUCGCCGAGGUAUUCUACGAGCUCUGCCGCGAGGUGCGUCGCAGGAGGAUGGUGCAGGGCAAGACGAGGCGCCGCAGCUCCACCACACACGUCAAGCAAGCGAUUAACAAGAUGCUCACAAAAAUUAGCAGUUAGAGGCCCUGCCAAGGUGUGCCGAGAAGCGGCAAGGCCUUCCUGGCUCUUCUUUUGCCCCUCUAACCACAGCCAAGAUAUUCUACUCCUUCUGAGUUUGGGGAACGGCAAGGUUUCUCAUGGGUCCCGAUCCACUCACUAUAUGCUCGGAAGUUCUCGAGUGUCUUCUGCAGCCCCACGCUGUGACAGUCUCUCCCUUCCCUGCUUGCUUAGGAUCCGUGCUAAUGUAGUUUGAAGAUGUAACCACCAAAGACGCUGGCUGAUGUGGCUGGGUUCUGGGAGGCUAAUUUUAGGCAUCUCUGACUUGCUUAAAUAAAUUGAAGUCUUUUCAAAGGCAUUUUAAGAUUCUGUACCUUGUGGAAGACUACAAAGGUCGCCAUAAGGUUUUGUGAUUGUCUGGUGAGAACCUGAGAACUGAGCCUGAGCGAUUAGAACGGGGAGCAGAAUUCUAGUUCCCAUUUGAAGUGAGGAUUUUUAAAUUGUUAUUAUCUUACUUAAAUUAUGCCGUUUUUUCCUUUAACACCUUAUUUUAUUUUUAGUUGAAAUGUUAUCACUGACGUUGGCUUUGUGAUGUAAUUGUCCAUUUCAAUUCAAGUCGAUUCUCUCAAUAAUCUACAGCAGUCCUUACAUACUCUGUUCUAUUAUUUUCUUAAUAACAAAAGAAACAAGACCCACAAUCCAUACCCUGCCCUGGCUUUGCUCCCCCAAACCUGCGUGAUAAAAAAAAAGAAGAAGAAAAGAAAAACAAACCCUCCAGGAAUCUUUGUACCAAGGUUUGACUUCACUGCAUGUCAGUAGGGAAAUUACAAUUAGAGACACCUGGUUUGUAUUUUACUCAUUAGCACCAUAGCGGGAAGGUAACCCUCUAAAUAAGAACAUUAUGACGCUUAGUUAUUUCUCUUUAGAAGCCAAGGCAGAACCCCAUGCAGUCGAAAGAGCCAGGCUCUGAUUCAGUAAGUUGGCCGCAUGCCUUGUUAACCUUUUAACCUUUGGGUAAGAUUAAUUCACAUGGGAGAAUUCAGAAAAAUAAUGGGUAAGUAAAAUUCACUCUACCUGAAUGAGCAUGUAUAAAGAGGAUGCUUGGCUGGCAAAAGGAUUAUGUAACUGCCAAGAGUUUAUGAUCCUUCUCUUCAUUUCCUGCCCCAUAUACUGAGAUUUGGGCACUUUAUUUUAGAAUAAAAUAUAUAUCUUUUGCAAUGUAUGUAUUUAUAUGUAUACAUAUAAGUAUGUAUAAAAUUUGUAAGCAUCGAAGGUUUUAACUCACCAAUGUAUUUGAAUAA